AUGAAGAGCAGAAGUAAAAGAUUUAUGUAUUUAACUCAGUUACCAAUAAUUGAAGAAGAAAAUUUUAGCGAAAUCAAUGACGAUGGAAAUGAUAUUUUAUUUCCUAAUCCGGAUGUUAAAAAUAAAUAUCUUAACCGGAAAACUUUUGAUAUACUUAUAAAAAAUAAAUUUAAAAAAAAAGGUUCUAAAAAAAGACAAUGUAAUAAUGAAUUGCAAAAAGAAAAUAAAGAAAUUCCAUUAUUAUCAAAAUAUACUUCUUUGACUAAUAUCGGGUCAUUAAUAAAUCCAUACAUAAAACAAACUCAACAAAUGUGGGAAACUAAUUUUGGAAAAAAACUAUUAAACGGAAAAGAUUAUUUUCAGGAAAAUGAAUCAGAUUUUAAAAUUUUACAUAAUAAUCCUUUUGCUACGAAUCAAGAAGAGGUAAUUAAUGGUGAUUCAAAUACCAAAAAAUCAUUUUUAACCGAACCUAAUAAUUUAAUUCAAUCUAAUAAAAUAUAUUUGGAAUCAAAAUUUAAUGAGAGAAAUGAGGAAAUGGAAAAUUGCGCCAUUGAAAAAACUAAAACGAAAAAAAUUAAAAAAUUUAGGAAAAAGACAAUGAAAACAGUUGGCAAAAGUGAAACGACAAAACCGAAAAAUAAAACAAACGUAGUUUUAAAUAAAAAUGAUAAUUUUGUUAAUAUUAAAAAUAAUAAUGAAAUUGUUAAUGGUAAAACAACUCAACAAGAACCAAUAGAUAAUAAAAUAAUGCAAAAUAUUGAAAGUCGAGGAGUUAAAGUAAAAACAGAUUUAUUACAAUCUGAUGUAUUAUUGUCUGAUGCCACGACUUGUCCAACGAGUUUAAAUAAUAAAAACCAAAGAUUUUUAUCAAAACAUAUAAGAAGCAUAUUGGAAAAUUCAAUGGAGAAACUCGAAUGUAAAUUUUGCAAAGAAACUUGUACGAAUUUAAAUGAUUUAAUAACGCAUCAAAAAACUCAUAGAAAACAAACGAAUGUUUGUAUUAUUUGUGAUAAAGUUUUUAACGAAACCGUUCAUUUUAUACAUCAUAUGAUGAAUACUCAUGAAAAUGUCGUUGACAAAUCAAAUUCAUUGAAAAAAAUUUGGAUAAACUUUUAA